GAUGAUAUGACAGCGCGAGCUGUAGUGUUUGUGUUUCGCGACUUAUAAAUCUCUAAAUUAUUCUUUUUAUCUUCUUUCUGAGUAACAGUCGGUAAACAUAACUUAAAUUAGUAGAUUUAUCAGUUCAAAAUAGGCAAAUAAGAUAAACUCUCAUGAGUAAUAAGUGAACGAGUGUGUGAGACGAGAAAUGCUGUAAACACGCUGCGCGGCGAUGAAACACUACUCCAAUGGCCACAUGACAUUGAACGACUAUCUGAUGAUGUACCUGGCACGAUGGAAGCGUGUGGCUGUGGUACUACUGGUCAUAUGGAUCGUUGUCACAUACCUAUUUAUAGCCCCUCUCAGGUGCACAGGUAACACAGAUGAAGUGUCGGAGUUCCAGGAGAGGCUGAAAAGGGUGUCCUCGCAGCUGGACGUGCUGAAACAGCAGCACAAUAACCUUAUAGCGCAGAUCAAGAAGUCGCCAGGGUUACGCAGCAAUCUCAAAGAUCUAGACCCUAGUCUGCUCCUAGACUCAGGUCAGGGCCCAACCGAAGAAUACGAGAAUCUCAGACGUCGAAUACACUCCAACACUAAAGAGCUGGGGUACUAUAUCAGCCAUGAGCUGAACAACGUUAUGAAGAACAGUGAGAAUAGAGAAGAGAAGUUAGUUGCUAUUAUGGAGCAGAUAAAUGAAAGACAGAGCUCCCUCAUAUCAGACCAGGACAAGCUUCCAGAGCUGGACGGCUACCACGAAUGGCGGAAAACGGAGGCGGCCAACGUCAGUGACCUCAUACAGAGGAGAUUGUAUCACCUCCAGAACCCGCCAGAUUGCAAGGAUGCGAGGAAAGUCAUCUGUAAUCUAAAUAAGGGCUGCGGCUUCGGCUGUCAACUCCACCACAUAGUGUACUGCCUGAUAUUCGCGUACGCCACGGAGCGGACGCUAAUUCUCAACUCCAAGGGGUGGAGAUACAACAAUAGGGGCUGGGAGUCCGUGUUCCACCCCAUAUCUGAUACGUGUACCAGCUCGUACGACGACCCCGUGGUGCAGUGGUCAGUGUCCCAUGACUCCAAAGUGGUAUCGCUGCCGUUCAUAGAUUCGAUAUCGCUGAAGCCUAAAUUUCUACCCCUAGCCGUGCCUAAGGAUCUCGCUCAUAGAAUAAUCCGUUUCAACGGCGACCCGUCAUCAUGGUGGAUCGGCCAAAUACUCAAAUACAUCUUAAAACCACGGCUCAGCAUGCAGAAAGCCGUCAACGAGACCAUAGCUAAGAUGAACUUCAAUACUCCCAUAGUCGGAGUGCACAUAAGAAGAACAGAUAAAGUCGGCACUGAAGCCGCCUUCCAUCACAUACACGAGUACAUGUCGCACGUAAUAAGUUACUACGACCGGCUGGAGCUGACGCGACAUGUCGGCACCAGGCGGGUGUACCUCGCCACCGACGAUGCCAACGUCCUAGAAGACGCCCGAAAAAAAUACCCGUCAUACGAGUUCCUCGGCGACCCGACCAUCGCCAAAACUGCCGCCACACACCGCCGCUACACCCCCGUGUCGCUCACAGGGCUGCUGGUGGACCUGCACAUGCUGGCCAUGUGUGAUUAUCUCGUCUGCACCUUCAGUAGUCAGGUUGGCCGCGUGGCGUACGAGAUGAUGCAGGCCAACCGAGUGGACGCGUCCAACAGUUUCUUCUCAUUAGACGACAUCUACUACUUCGGUGGCCAAAACGCGCACGAUCGUGCCGCCAUCAUGCCGCAUGCACCGAAUAACAACCAGGAGAUCGCUAUAGAGGUCGGCGAUCUAAUAGGCAUCGCCGGCAACCAUUGGAACGGUUUCGGCCGGGGGACGAAUAAGAGAACAAAUUUGAACGGACUAAUCCCGUGGUACAAGACGGCGGAGCAUCUCGUCCUGUAUCCCUUCCCCGAGUACAAACACGUGCCGCUGUACGACACGAGGCAGGGGGACUUAUAGGCUCCGCCAUGUUUUAAUAGCCCGGUAGCCCAAACGGUUUAAAUGUCACCUUUUUUAUGGAUUUUAUUUUGUUAUAGGCCCCGUGCAUGAACUAUGCUAAGCAUAUGAGCUGUCAGAUUUUUGGCGCGAGGCGCAAAUGUGUUGUUUAUGUUUUCGAUGUAGCUCACAAGAUGGCAGAACCUACUAUGCACUAGGAAACGUACCGACGAGAACGGUAGAUGGUAGCACUUGCUUUUGCAAUGUACAUGUGCACAUAUGUUUCCGAUUCGGGCCACAAGAUGGCAGACCCUCCAAUGCGCACGGUCCCUAUAUCUACUUAGAAACACGGGCUCCUUCGAUCCUUAUGAGAGAAAAAUGUAUCUGAACUUUUUUUACAUUAUGUUACCAUUUUUCAUGGUUAGUAAUUAAAGAUGGUAGCGGAAUGGACGAUAGGGUUAAUCCAUUAAUAACAUCACACAAAAUUUAGAUAUUUAGACCCCCUGUUGACAACCCCCUUUUUUAGAAUAUGUUUACUUUUUAUACUUUUUUAUAUUUUUGAUUUCUUCUGUUUUUUUUCGUAAAUUUAUGUUCUUUUUUAUAACCUAUUUUUGUUCAUUCUUCUUUUACAUUUCACCAAAUAAACUGCUGUCAUUGAACACCCCCGCCCUUCCCCCUUGUGACACUUUUUCAUACGAAAGAGAUAAAUAUUUAAUAGGUACGUACUGUCACACUUGGCAUGAUCUCCCUCCCCCCUCCCCUGUUGCUGUGAAAAAAAGGUAUGGAUGACUUAGAACAUUUUUUCUCCCAUAAAAGUCAAAAGAGCUCGUAACUUUGAGUAGAAAUUAUAAAAAAGGUAUUAUUCUUGCGGAUGGGAUUUCAAAAAAAUUUAUACAAUGCCAUGUACUUUUUUUUAAAUCCCAUCCGCAAAUAAAUCACAAACGUUUCUCACAAAAAAGUACCCAAAGUAAUUUCAUUUGGGUGAAAUGGUACAUAGCGCUUUGCCUGAAUCUUUCCCAAAUAAAAUUUUGCGAAAUAUGAAUUUGAAGGACGUACUGCUAUAUAAUUUUUGGGACACGAAAUUAGGCGAAAGUAAGGCCUGUGCCCAGCAGUGGGACUAGGGAAUGCAAAUCGGUUAUUUUCGGUUAUUUUUUGUAUGGAAAUAAUCGGUUAUUAACCGAAACCGCGGUUAUUUCCAUACAAAAAAUAACCGAUUUGCAUUCCCUAAGUGGGACGUAUAGACCAGUGAUAGUGAGUUAGAAGUUGAAUUUAGGUUCACGAAGUUAUACUCAUACCAAACGCACUGGUUAACAAAUAUAUGAACUUUCAUGGGCUCAAUUCUUUUAAUAAUUGACAUGUGUCUAUUGUCAAAUAAACAAUAUGUAAAAUACAGAUGGGCCGAAUAAUCGGUAAUUAUUCGGUAUUCGGCAUAUUCGGCAUAUUUUUCAAUGUUCGUAUUCGGCCGAAUACUUCGGGUCAAACUACCGAAUAUUUACCGAAUAAACAAUUUUUUUUUAUGUUCUGAAUAUUCGUAUUCUGCAAAUUCCAUAUUCGGCCCAUCUCUAAUGUAAAAUAUAUAUGCCGGCAGGACGACGCUACAGUCGCGCAAGUAGUCAAUUUGCUACGUGGAAAUGCUAGGUGUGGGAACAAAAAGCGAUGAUCACGCUCGGUGUGGCAAAAACGUUAACUUUCAUGGGCUCAAAUUAAAUUUAAUAUUAAACAAGCGCUAGAAACAAUAUGCUAUAACAUUUAAAACGGGUCACUCACCUAAUUUAGGUCGAAUAUUUACGAAAUAUUUGCGACCGUGGUACUUUAAAUUUUAUUUAAUAUUUUCGAGUCUCGACAAUUGUAUAGUUUAAAUUCUUGGAACUUAUUUUCUUACUAGCGACUCGCCCCGGCUUCGCACGGGUAAACUUUAACUAAUUAUACACCUAAACCUUCCUCAAGAAUCACUGUAUUAAUAGGUGAAAACCGCAUGUAAAUCCGUUCAGGGGAUUUUGAGUAUAUCGCGAACAUAGAUACAUACAAACAGACAGACGCAGCGGGGAACUUUGUUUUAUAAGGUGUAGUGAUGUGGCUUGUUCCAAUGUUACAGAUAUAGUACAUAAUUAUUUUCCAUCGUAUUUUCACGGAAAGAUACGAACGUGUUUUGCUAUUUCAGUCAGUCUCGGUACAAUAAGUACUGAGGUUGACUGAAGUAGCAUGACAAAUACGAACGUUUCCGAGAAAAUACGAUGGAAAACAAUUAUGUUACAACUGUACCCUUACUUACCCCAAUAGAUGAUCUGGGGCCCGUUUCUCAAAAGCUUGUAACUUGUAAUACAAGCGGAUGUCACUUUUUGACAGCUUUUGUUAGAAAGGGACUUCCACUUGUAUUACAAGUUACAAGCUUUUGAGAAACGGGCCCCUGCUCGUGCAAUAUUUACCGUAGGCCUAGAAAAGACCCCAAGUGAUACAAUAGCUUAAUAGGAAUUCCAUAGAUCUUAUAUGCUUACCAUAGUUUCCCUUGUACAUAUUUUAUGCAUUUUUAGACUGGAUAAGAAUCAAAUCAAUACGUGACCAAAAAUUAUGAACGCGGAUAAUUUCUAACUUUGUCAACCUUAAAAUGCUACUUUUUUAGCGUUACUUUGGUGAUAAGUGUACAAAAUGUAGAAAUACGAAUGAGAUGUAGAAACAGUGUAGUACUCAUUUUUACAGUACAUAUUGUGCUACUUUACUGCACUAGUGCGAUAAUUAGCACAUUACGUAACUAUCAUAUUUCGAAAAUUUAAAUUGCCAUAUGUACUGUAAAACGUUGUACGAUACAGGUGCGAAUAUUUAUCGUAAUGUACUAUAAACGCCAUUUGGACGUAAAACUGUGUGGUAGCUAGCGCCAUCUAGUUUUCAUUAUAAGAAAUUUCCAAAUUUCAUAUUUUUGGUCCAGUACUGGUAGUCAUUCUUAUUUGAUUUGAUUAAGACUGUAAUGAAAAGAGAAAUAUGAUUGUAUUAAACUUUUCUCUAUUUAUUUCUAAUAGGGAGUAAUACGGAAUUGUUUGGCCACCAUGUGCAGCACUAGCACAAACCGCGAACCAUAGAGUAACUUAUAUUAUAUAUACUAUGCCUUAAAACAUUUUUUUUCACAGAUUGUUUGUUACGAAUAAAUACAUAUAUGACAUUGAAGCAUCAAGACGGUUUGUUUAGUAUUUGUACUAGUGGCGCCCCCUACGCAGUUUUGCGUAAUAUUCCCUACUUACUAUAAUUAACUAAAUGUGAGAAAACCCCAGAUUGUAUACAUGUUCAAGGUUUUAGUAUUUUUCACUAAAUAUAAUGUUGGAAAAGUGAGAGCGAAAUACUAUGUAUAUGUUGCAUAUUGUACAAUUGUAUUGUAUUAAUUAAUGAAGUAAGGUAUUGUAAAUCUUAGUUAUGUCAAAGAUUCAUUGAUUGAGUAAUCUAAGACAAUUUCGUGCUUCUAAUUUGAUAGUUACCUAAACGAGAUGGCGCUGUACAGCUCCAUACAUUUUGCGGUAACUCUUUGUCAAAAGUUGACGUUUGACAAUUCAGUGACCGCAAAACAUAUGGCGCAGUACAGCGCCAUCUGUUUUGGAUAUCAAACUGAGGGACACGUUUGUUUCUUAGACUUUACCUCUCUCUCUCUAUAACAAUCAAUUCUCUUUGUUUAUAUUCAGACUACUUGAAUGUGGAUUCGGCAUCUGCAAUGAUAAAGUGGGAUUCAUGUAAGUACGAAAAUGUGACGUUUGUGACACUGCCUCACUUUGUUCUAUUCAGACGGCGCAAACUUAGCUUAGGGUGGUAUUCCACGUUGACUGUCCUAUUUCUUUGUCCAAUGUCUAUUUUGUCUCACAUUUUGCAUAAUGAGAGAGUUAGACGCAAUGACAUUGGACCAAGAUAUUGGACAGGAAUACCGACCUUACACGGACUCUCUGGCCGAGCUAUACUUUAUAUUGUAGGAAUGAAGGUAGAGAGAGGGCUAAUAGAGCUAUUUUUAGGGUGCGUAGACGAGAUACCAAUCGUUCACGGUCCGUAGCGUAGCGUAGUUAUCUCUCUCUAUUACUCUUCCAUAUUAGUGUGACAGAGACAGUUGCGUUUCGUUAGCUACGGAGCGUUAACGAUUGGCAUCUUCUACGCACCCAGGCGGAUGUUGUCCCUGGGUAGAGAGUUCACCAGCAGUUGUAUUUAUAGUAACUGUCAUUCGGAACUCCGUAAGCGCGAUGUAGAACGCGCUAACGCCAUCUGUUAGAAUAUUUUGGCAACACGUUGCCAUUGACAGAGGAAACGCCACAGUGUAAAACUUGGCAACAAAGUGUGAAUGGACUAUUAUGUUGGCCGAAUGUUAUUAUAUGAGAUUAUUCAUCUAUCGAUCUGAUAUGAUCUGAAAAAAGUGAAAUUAUGUAUGAGCUCAAAUUUAUUUACAAAUUUAGAUAGGGGUAAAUAUAAGACACGGGUAAAAAUAUGACAAAAAAUGUUUAUCACUCUAAAACGAAUUCUAUUUCAUUUAUAUUCCAAUAAAAAACCGGCCAAGUGCGAGUCGGACUCGCGCACGAAGGGUUCCGUACCGUACCGCAAAAAACGGCAAUAAAAUCACGUUUGUUGUGUGGGAGCCCCACUCAAAUAUUUAUUAUAUUCUGUUAGUAUUUGAUGUUAUAGCGGCAACAGAUAUACAUUCAUCUGUAAAAAUUUCAACUGCCUAGCUAUUACGGUUGAUGAGAUACAGCUUGGUGACAGACAGACGGACAGCGGAGUCUUAGUAAUAGGGUCUCGUUUUUAUCCUUUGGGUACGGAACCCUAAAAAGAAGUCUACACACAAGGCUAAGUGUUAGUAUUUUAUCAUAAUUAUGUAUUAUUAUUUUAUUAUGUUUAUAUAUAAUAUUUGACUUAUUGGUUCAAUUUCUCGUUAUAAUUUACGAAUCUCUCCUGCACUAAAAUUUAUGUCCGUGUUUGACCCAAUGGUUGACUGGUAGAGAACGCAUUUUGGCAUUAAGUCCGCCAUUUGUUAAUUUUUCUUUGUUUGUGCAAUAAAGUUUAAAUAAAUAAAUAGGACUUAUUUUUAAAUGGGAUAGGAAUGAAAUAGAAUAAGUUUUUGAAUGUUAAAAACUGUCUUAUUUUUAUCCGUGUCUUAUAUUUAACCCACCUGACUGUUUUAUUUCUCAAAACUUAUUUUAAGUUAUAUGUUGAUUUUUAUCUUUAAGUAUAUAUAUUUCCUUCGUGUAAAUUGGUGCUUUUCGGUGUAAAGUCUGUAAAACAAUAAUAUUCUGUACACCGUAUCUCAAAUCCCAGCAAUUUUUCAGAGUCCCAGGGGUUUUUGACUUUUCAUACAAACAUUUUGUAUGAAACUUGUGACUGAGAGGUACUUUUUCGUAUCUGGAAUAUAAAAAUACUUUAUAGUUCCACUACUUACAUCAGAUACCGAUUAAAUAUUUGCAAAUAUCUUCAACUUAUCAAUUAUCAUUAUCAUGUGGAUUUAUUUUUUCUGUUCUCCGUGCGGAAAGCGUCAACUUUCGGCCCGCUGCGCUAAACGAAGUUGCCGCUUUCCGGCUUUGUCGAAUAGAAAAAUGGUAUACACACCUCGAUCAGUAAAACAAAAGCCUCAGAUCGCAUGUUUGUCGACCUCGGCUUCGUCUCGGCCGACAAUUACAUGACUGUGAUCUGAGACAUUUCUUAGUUUACUGCCCUAGGUGCGUAAUAUACUAUAUAUGUAAUAUAUAAUAUGUUAAACUGUACGUAAGUUAUUUAUCUAUUAAUACGUACAAGAAUGUAAAUUCCAAUGCUCUUAAUGUAAACGAUUUUAAUGAAUUAUAUGUUCAGAGCUUGUAAAAGUUUUGAAGUGGUGUAACAUGGACCUAAAUUGUGUGUAUAUAGUUCUAGUGUACAUAAGACAGAAAGAAAGUAAUAUAAAUAAAAAAAAUGAUUUA